AUGAAAAGUACCCCACGUGAAACCCAAUUGCCAUACUCUUGUCCACCUGAUCCUGAUGCAGAAAAUUGGGCAGCCGAGUUUGCUGAUAAGGAAAAACGAGUGGUGCGGUCACAACAGGUUCAUACAUGCACAAAAUCAACCUGUCUCUGUUACAACAAGCAUGGAAAGCUUGUAUGUAAGAGACGUGCACCAUGGGAGCUGUCCAGUACCAAAUAUAUUGAUGAGAAGGGAAACUGGAAGCCCAAACGAACACAUCCUUAUGUGAACAACUACUGCCCUGCGAUAUCAGUAGCAUUAUGCUGCAAUAAUGACAUCAAGCUGCUUACCAAUGGAGUUGACACAAAGCAUGCAUCGUGGUAUUCAACAGACUAUCAAACAAAAAAACAAAACAAAAACCACAAUGUGUCCGCACUGAUAGCGAAGUCCCUCCUGUAUCAUGAAGAGCACUCCGACCACCUUGAAAGUGUCCUGGAACAUAAUCAACUUUUGAUAUUCUGCUGUCAACAUUCCAUCAAUCAUGAAAUGGAGUUAUCCGGUCAACAAGUGGUUGCAUAUUUGAUGGGAUGGGGUGAUCGAAUCUGUUCUCAUCAUUAUGUGCUGCUUUAUUGGUCAAUAGUGAAGAGAUGUCUAUUGGUGACUUUUCCAGAACUAUGGCCAAAGAAUUCGAUGUAUGUCUUUUAA